AUGUGGGAGAUUCGCAACUUUUCCUGCAGCACAAAGUGCCCAAGUCUUGCGGUUUCAAUGAUGCUGUCUCCGCAUUUGUUGACGAGCUCCAGGAUUUGGCCGUGGUGUGGCGUGCGCGGUGCGCCCGACCGCCCAAAUGCGAGCGCUUGCCCCCCGGUGAGGUUCCGGGGCUGCCUGUUGCUUGGAGCGUUGUGGUCUUCGUCCCUGCGACCGAGAGGUCGCUCACGCUGCGCCAAGUCGUCGUUUUCGCAGGGGAAGCUUGAGCGCCCAAAGGCGAAAGCGCUGAGAGUGCUGCUUGUGAUUCAUGGGUAUCCUCCAUUGUACAAUGCUGGGUCAGAAGUAUACACCCAGACAUUGGCAAGAAAGCUGCAGCGCAGAGGCCACGAGGUCUUGGUGUUCUGCAGAGAGGAGGACACCAUUGCCCCGUACUUCAGAGUAAGGGAUGAGGUUGACGGAGCAGUGAAGUUGAAGGUCAUCAACCUUCCGAACUUCCGCGACCGGUACCGCGUGGCUGAAGUAGAUGAAGCACUUGCGAAGAUCAUGGAGACAUUUGAGCCAGAUGUUGUUCACUGUGGACAUCUGAACCACUUGUCGACCUCCCUGGUCGCCAUGGUGUGCCGCAAGAACAUACCAUUCAUUUACACCCUCCACGACUUCUGGCUGAACUGCCCUCGGGGCCAGUACAUUCAGUUCACUGGUGAUAAUGCAGAGGACUUGUGGCCUUUGUGCGAUGGCCAAGAACACCAGAAGUGCGCUGCGAAGUGCUACGCUCCGCGCAUGGGAUCAGGAGAUCCCAACAGCGCCAUAGACGAAGAGUAUUGGGCCAGCUGGGUUGCGAAGAGGAUGGCGUUUGUCAGGGCAAUGGCAGAGAAGGUUGACCUCUUCAUCAGCCCGGCCAAGCACUUGAAGGAUCGCUUUAUCCGAGAUGGCUUGGCCCCUGAGAGCAAAGUCGUGUACCUGGACUACGGAUUCGACAGGCAGCGCUGCGAAGGGAGGAUCCGAUCGCCAGGGGAGCCCUUCACCUUCGCAUACAUCGGAACACACAAGGAGGCGAAAGGUGUACACCAUCUUAUUUCAGCCUUUGCAGAAGUUGCGGGGUCCCCCGCAGCGCCGCCUACUCGUUUGAAGAUCUACGGUCGAACUUUGGGGCAAAGCACAGCCGCAUUGAAAAGGCUGGCAGAACAGUUGCUGCCGGACUCCUCUUUGCUGGAGUGGUGCGGGGAGUAUGACAACGAGGAUAUAGUGAGUAGUGUCUUCAACCAGGUUGACUGCAUCGUUGUGCCGUCAAUUUGGCUUGAGAACAGCCCAUUGGUGAUCCACGAGGCGCUGCAGGCUGGAGUGCUGGUGAUCACAGCGGACGCAGGAGGAAUGGCGGAGUACAUCAAGCACGAAGUGAAUGGGCUGUUGUACACGCAUCGCAGCCCAUCAGCGCUGGCUGGGCAAAUGCUUCGGUGCUUGCAAGAUCCCCAUUGGGCCAAUGGGCUGGCCUCCACCGGCUACUUGUUGUCUGGGGACGGCCAGAUUCCGUCCAUUGACGACCAUGUUGAUGAAGUUGUGAAGCUUUAUCAGCAGUCGAUUCAACGGCGCAAGACUUCCGACGUUACACAUGGCAACUUGUUGCCGUGGAGAGUGACGUUUGAUACCAACCCGGACGACUGCAAUCUGCAUUGUGACAUGUGUGAGGGCUUCUCACAGUACUCCUCCGUACAGAAGGAGCGAAAGGAGCAGAACUUGGCGCCGAGAAGGAUGUCCUUCCAAUUGGUGGAGAAGGUCCUCAGCGAGUUUGUGGACCUUCAUCUGCAGACUCCAAGCAUGAGCCCGCAGAAAGCGUUGGAGGUGAUCCCGUCUACUAUGGGGGAGCCGCUCCUUUACCAACACUUUGAAGAGGUCUUGGGGCUCAUUCAACAGCAAGAUCGCCGGCUCAAGGAGCACGGGCACGCAGGCUUGCAGCUCAAUCUCACCACCAAUGGUACCUUUCCCAGGCUUGGCGUCAAGCGUUGGGCAGAGCUUCUGCUCCCCCUUACGUCGGACGUCAAGAUCUCUUGGAAUGGUGCCAGCAAAGAGACCCAGGAGAUGAUCAUGAAGGGUCAGAACUUUGAGCAAGUUCUGGAGAACGUGAAGACCUUGGCAGCCCAGAGAGAUGCCCUUGCGGCCUCCGGCGGGAAUUUCUGCCGCCUGACUUUCCAGCUCACCUUCCUGCAGGAGAACUACCAAGAGAUUCCUCAGAUCAUCCAACUUGCUGCGGACGUGGGCGUGAACCGAGUGAAAGGGCAUCACUUGUGGGCGCAUUGGGACGAGAUGGCAGCCAGGGCUAUGAAGCGCGACAGCGCGGCAGUUCGUGCUUGGAAUUGCAUGGUGCCCAAGGCAGAGGAAGUGGCAAAACGAAACAGAAUCAAGCUGGAGGGCAUCCAUGUCAUCCCAGAGGACGCCCAGCAAAACUUGGCGCCGGGCGCUCCAUGCCCAUUCCUGCGGAAGGAGUUCUGGGUGGCAGCGGACGGGCGUUUCAAUGUGUGCUGCGCACCAGACGAGAAGAGGCAGAGCCUGGGAUACUUUGGAAAUCUCAAGGAAGAGACCCUGGAGGAGAUCCUCCGGGGUGAGCCGUACCAACAGCUGUUGGCCACAUACUCCACCUGCAGCUUGUGCCAGGGCUGCAACAUGAGGAGGUGGCCCCAGAGCAAUUAG